GUCUCUCCAAUUUCUCUUUUUGUGAAUAAACUCUUCAAACUCUUUCAGCAAUACUGAAUUUUCCCAUUAAUCCUCUUCCUCAUCCCUAAUUUCCCACCAAAUUAAUCCUCGUGAACUCCGCCUUCUUCUUUCCCAUCCCCUGCAUUAAUACCGCCUCUCUCUUCUCUUCCCAAUGGCUUUCCUCUCUGUCUUCUUCUUCUUCUUCUUCAAUCGCCAUGGACGGCGUUGAUGCCCACCCACUCUCCGCCAUCACGCCAGCAACCACUGCUACAACAACGACGUUUGUCACCGCCGUCAAGCGCAGGCACGCACGCAGAACACCGGAGGCUGCUGUGUCCGCCGUUGAGGAAGAUCGCCGUGUGAAAGACAUGGGGAAGAAGAGUGUGUACAGUCAGGCGUCGUUCAUGCAAUGGACGAUCGCCGACGCCGUCCACGUGGCUAGAUUCCAUUGGAUUCCCUGCUUGUUCGCUCUCGGCCUUCUCUUUUUUAUGGCCGUCGAGUAUACCCUCCGAAUGGUGCCGUCCUCAUCUCCGCCGUUUGAUUUGGGGUUCGUCGCCACUCGGUCCCUUCACCGUCUCCUUCAAUCAUCGCCUCAGCUCAAUACCCUCCUUGCCGCCCUCAACACGGUGUUCGUUGGAAUGCAAACCACUUACAUCCUAUGGACGUGGCUCAUCGAAGGGCGACCCAGAGCCACAAUCUCAGCUCUGUUCAUGUUCACAUGCCGAGGCAUUCUAGGCUCCUCCACGCAGCUUCCCUUACCCCAGGGGUUCGUGGGAUCGGGGGUGGAUUUUCCGGUGGGGAACGUAUCGUUCUUUCUGUUCUUCUCCGGGCACGUGGCUGGAUCGGUGAUAGCGUCGCUGGACAUGAGGAGGAUGAAGAGGUGGGAGCUUGCGUGGACGUUCGAUGUGUUGAACGUGCUUCAAUCAGUGAGGUUGCUGGGGACGAGAGGCCAUUACACCAUAGAUUUAGCAGUGGGUUUGGGAGCUGGCAUUCUGUUUGAUUCUUUGGCUGGCAGAUACGAAGACAGCAAGAAGAAGACAACACUUUUAGCUGUCUCUUCUCCCAGUAACGGCUCCACCAAAGAGCCUCUCCUCAUGUCUUGUACCACUAAGUAAAGUAAAGGAGGCAUUUUCCGUAACAUAUAGAUUCAUAUGAGAGGAUUAAGAAAAUCGUUUAAGUUGAUUAUUUAUUGUUUUUGUCUAA